CCCUUCUCCCCCCGCUCCUGAAGAGCGCGCGGCGGAGGGGACCAGCCGGUUACUUCCUCCAGCGGCUGCGCGGAGCGCGGGCUAUAGCCCCAGCCCCGAGCGCCCAGAGCCCGGCCGUCCGCCGCCCCCCGCCCAUCCCGGCCUCGCGGACAUCCCCCCCUGCGCGCCCGCGCCCGCGCCCGAUAGCCGGCGCGCACCGAGGAACCCGGGCCCCGAGCCGCCGGCGGCCCUGCCCGGAGAGGCGCGAUGAAUGAUUUUGGAAUCAAGAACAUGGACCAGGUGGCCCCUGUGGCCAGCAGUUACAGAGGGACACUCAAGCGCCAGCCUGCCUUUGACACCUUUGAUGGCUCCCUGCUCGCUGUUUUCCCCUCCCUAAGUGAAGAGCAAACACUCCAGGAAGUGCCAACAGGCUUGGAUUCAAUUUCUCAUGACUCGACCAACUGUGAGUUGCCUCUGUUGACCCCGUGCAGCAAGGCUGUGAUGAGUCAAGCCCUAAAAGCGACCUUCAGUGGCUUCAAAAAGGAGCAGCGCCGCCUCGGCAUCCCGAAGAAUCCGUGGCUGUGGACUGAGCAACAGGUGUGCCAGUGGCUUCUCUGGGCCACCAACGAGUUCAGUCUGGUGGACGUCAACCUCCAGAGGCUCGGCAUGGCCGGCCAGGUGUUGUGUAACCUUGGCAAGGAGCGCUUUCUGGAGCUGGCGCCUGACUUUGUGGGUGACAUUCUCUGGGAACACCUGGAGCAGAUGAUCAAAGGUACCGAAAACGAAGAAAAGACGGAAGAUCAGUAUGAAGAAAAUUCACACCUCAACUCAGUUCCUCAUUGGAUUAAUAGCAAUUCGUUAGGUUUUGCCGUGGAGCAGGCGCUGUAUGGAAUGCAGACGCAGAACUACCCCAAAGGCGGCCUCCUGGAUGGCCUGUGUCCAGCAUCCUCAGCGCCCAGCACGCUCGGUCCCGAGCAGGACUUCCAGAUGUUUCCCAAGGCCCGACUCAGCACCGUCAGCUACUGCUCCAGCAGCCAGGACUUCCCGGCCGGCACCUUGAAUCUGCUCUCCAGCAGUUCUGGGAAGCCCGGAGACCACGACUCGGCCGAGACAGGCGCCGACAGCUUCGAGAGCUCGGAGUCACUGCUGCAGUCCUGGAACAGCCAGUCGUCCCUGCUGGACGUGCAGCGGGUACCGUCCUUCGAGAGCUUCGAGGACGACUGCAGCCAGCCCCUCGGCCUCAGCAAGCCGACCAUGUCCUUCAAGGACUACAUCCAGGACAGGAGCGGCCCGGUGGAGCAAGGCAAACCAGUUAUACCUGCGGCCGUGCUGGCCGGCUUCACAGGAAGCGGACCUAUCCAGUUGUGGCAGUUUCUUCUAGAAUUGCUGUCUGACAAAUCCUGCCAGUCUUUCAUCAGCUGGACGGGGGACGGAUGGGAGUUUAAGCUUGCUGACCCCGAUGAGGUGGCCCGCCGCUGGGGAAAGCGGAAAAACAAGCCCAAGAUGAACUACGAGAAGCUGAGCCGGGGCUUACGCUAUUAUUACGACAAGAACAUCAUCCACAAGACUUCGGGGAAGCGCUACGUGUACCGCUUCGUGUGCGACCUCCAGAACUUGCUGGGCUUCACGCCCGAGGAGCUGCACGCCAUCCUGGGCGUCCAGCUGGAUACGGAGGACUGAAGCUGCCCGGGCCUGCGACUGGGGCCACGGGGACCCAUCGAAGGACCCUGAAAGGCAGGAUCUGUGCGUCUGGGAACGUCUCCAAGAAGCAGUGGCCUUAUUUCGUCCGGUACCGCGGUUCUCCGCCGAAAGCAGCACGGUUUCUCGCUUCUAACUCCAGCUGCCAGGAACACGCAACUUAAGAUGCUGUUACGUUAGAAUGGCCCAGAGAGAAGCGCCAGGCAGCCGUCCUGGCUCUGGGCAGGCUGUGUCGUGACAGGAUCUUUCAGGCUGUUGGGUCUUCUCAAAGGAGCAAGCAUGUUGUGGACACACACUUUCGGAUUUUCUUUUGACUUUUGCAACCAGGAAACGCCAAUGCCAAAGAGGUCUCUGGUUCAGAGGGGGGAGGAGAGUACAAGGAAACAAUCGUGCCAUUUCAGAAGUUAGUUUGUAUAUAUGACUAUAACCUUAUAAUUGUUAUCAAAAUCCCCUAACAGACCUAUUUAACAGAAAUUGUAUAUUGUAAUUUAAAAUAAUUAUAUAACUGUAUGUGAAAUAAGAAUGCAGACAGCAUUUUUCAAUGUAUUCCAGUUGUCAAGAGCACAGGUGGCGUUUUGCCAACAUUUAAUCUGCCAGGGCAGAGACUGAGAGAAGUUGUAAAGUGUGUGUUAUUUACAUUUAAUAUACCUACAGGAAUAAGGUCUAAGAGGGUUAAUUCCUGGGUUUUUUUGUUUUGUUUUGUCUGGGUUAUCUAUGGCAAGGACUUUGUACAUUUGGGAAUUUUUAUAAGAAACUUAAUGUUAUUAUCUGGGGGCCCAUCUGGCCUCUCUGCUUCUCCUUUAAUUGUAAUGUAAAAGCUAUAAAGCAGUAUUUUUCUUGACAAAUGGCAUAUGUUUUCCAUUUCUGUGCAUGCCUUUAAGUCAGUUUAUAUACAAAACUUAUUUUUUAGUUCAACUGUUUUUCCCCCAACAGCUAACCUCCCCUUGACCAGCCAUGUCCUUCCCGUGCCCCAAAUUAUGCUGUUUGAUUAAAAUAAGAAUACUA